AAGCACAACCGCACGCGACUGAGUGGAUUUUACAGAUACAAGAGCUGGGAAUCUGUUGUUCAAGAAGACAUUGAGGACCGGUGUGACUACUCCGAUGUCAGUCACUAAAAAGGAUCUGACCGUUCUGAUCGAGAAGCUGCAGAAGAAUGCUGACAAGGUGGAAAAGAACAUCUUGGAGACGGAGCAGAAUCUCAACAAGGAUGUGAUCAAGAUCAACGAGGGCAAGCCGCCGCUGUAUCAGGACUCCACUAACAAGACCAUCGAGAACUCGCUGUUACUGCUAAAUGGUCUGGACGAGAACGCAGCUGAAGCCAAGCGCCUGCAGCACCCGCAGGCCGAGAUGAUCGAGCACGAUAUGAAGCAGCUGCGCGAGCGUGUGAAGAAGCUGUGUAAUGACCACGACCACAUUUACCACCUGACACGAUCCGAAGGGGUUCCCAGCCUCAACUGGAACAAGAUCAUCGACGAGAAAACGGCAAUUCUUAACAGCAAAGGAUUUGGAGAAGAUCUGCCCACCAUUGAGAAUGAAGUGGAAGAGCACAAUAUCAUUCAUAGUGAAGUGGAGGCCUUGGCUCCUUACAUCGGACAGGGAGACAAGGAGUAUGUCGAUGGCCUGCAGCUGAAAUACAACAAACUCCUGGCAAAUUCUACGGCUCGUCAGAAGAACCUGCUCAGUCUGAGAGACUACAUGCAGCGCUGCACCAACGAGCUCUACUGGCUGGAUCAGCAGGCUGACGAACGCAUCAUGUACGACUGGAGCGACGCCAACCUCGACUACCCGGCUCGCAAGAGGCAGUACGAGAACUUCAUCAGCAAGUGUCUGGAAUCCAAGGAAGGAACCAUCACCAAACUGAGUGAUGACGGGGAAAAACUCAUCGCCCAGGGACACCCAGGAAAGAACAUCAUCGAGGCGUAUAUGGAUGCUGUCCAUGCAGACUGGAAGGAAUAUCUCAACCUGCUCAUCUGUGAAGAGAACCACCUCAAGAACAUGGACGAGUACCAUAAGUUUCAGAUGGAGUCCAGAGACACUCUGGACCUGCUGAAGUGCCUGGAAACUGAAAUCAACCAGAAAUACAACCCUGACUUUAAAGACCAGUACCAGUUAGAAGGCUUACUCGCGGACCUGAAAGACCAGGGGAAAGCCAUGGAUUCCUUUGACGAUCGAGUGAAAUCGCUUCAAAACCGCAGCCUUCAGGUUCUGCCCUUGAAGUACCGCAGAACUGCACCACAAAAACUCCUUCCCAUCGAGGCUCUGUGCGACUUUGACACAGAAGGGGGUCAGAUCAACCGAGGAGAACGUUACACCAUGCUUAGGAACAACGGACCGAAAUGGGACGUGAAAGACUCAUCAGGUCGCACCCUAGCAGCCCCCGGAAUAUGCUUCAUCAUCCCACCUACUGACCCGGAAUCUGUCGCCAUCGCUGAAAAUUUGGUGAGUCAGCAGAAGGCCAACAAACAGAAGGUGGAAAGCAGCCAAACAGUGCUGCAGACCCGACUGGGUGACCUGAAGAAGGACAGCACAGGUGGACAAGAUAAGCAGGAGCUGCAGUGCCGCCAGCUGAUGGCCGGACUGGAUAAAGUGGUGAACGACCUCGAUAAGCAGGAGAAAGCCAUUUAUUCCCAAGUGCGCCCCCCUCUGGAGCAGAACCGCCCCGUACAGGACAGCGCUGACAGGCUUCAGAACAUGAGGGACAUCGCCUCCGCCGUCCGUAAAAUCGAACCGGAGAAGACCUCCAAAAUUCGUGAGGCUGAGACUUUUCUCAAAACCAACCCCAAGUGUGCCAGCGCCCCGCAGCUCUCCUCCAAGGUCGACACGACCAUCAACAAACACAACAAGGUCCAGCAGCUGCUGCAGUGUGCGGAUGAUAGACUUAAGAACUCCAACAAGCUGGAGACCUCGAUACAGAACGGCAAAAACCUGCUGAUGCCCUACGAGAACAGGUUGGCCAGGGAAGAAAUCGCUCCCUCUGACCCAACCUCUCUGGAUAUGGCUCUCCGUGAGCUAUCUGACAUGGGCUCGGAGCUGAAGGCGAAGAGUUCCAUAAUCCCGGAGCUGGAUAACAACCUGAGGAGCUCAAAAAACAGCUGUGAUAACAUGGUGAACAAGGUGCAGGAGCACUGUCUUGACUUCGACCGGCAGGAAGCCGAAGUUCAAAAACUCAACAAACGCUACGACAAUCUUCUCAGGCAGAUCGACACCAGAUCACAGAGUCUGCAAAGAGCUAAAAACUCGUACAAUGGUUACCGUAAAGAUUACGACAAUCUGAACAGCUGGCUCUCUCGCAUACCAAACUACGAGGCGCAAGAGACUGACACAAUCCAGCAGGUGGAAGGAAAACUGACAAACCAAAGAAACCUGCUCUCCGACAUCUCAAGAAAGGAAUCGGACUUGAACACCGUCUCUGAGAACGCGCAGCUUUACCAACAAGCAGUCAGGGAUUAUGAAAAUGAAGCCGAGAGGUUCAGGUUCGUUCUCAACCUCAAAGACGGCCUGGUCACGCAAACGUACAAGAGAAGCCGACUGGAAUCACCUGCACUGAGAGUCAAGAGAGAGGAAGCAGCCAUCGAGGCCAAAUUCACAGAGGUCAAUGCUUUGAACAAGCAACGACUCCAGAACCUCGAGUUUGCACAAAGUCUUCUCAAUCGGCAAGCAGAGAUGCAAGUCAUCCAGCAUAACGUUCAGACGGUGAAAUCUUCUGCUCCAGGAGAUGAAUCCUGUAGAAUUAAGAAUCAGCUGGAGGACGAGAUCCUGAGAAGGCAGCAGCUUGAAAAGGAAGUCAAAACCAUUCAGACCGACAGCAAGCUCGAGAUCAGGGACAAAGAAUCCAGAGAGAAAGUUACAGUCAAACAAAAGGUUGUUCUGCAGCAAGACUCACAGCAGGAGAAAGAGCAUUCAAUCUUAAGACUUCAGGUCGAAGAAGAGAGACACAAGCGUAUGCUUCUGGAGAAAGAGUACAACCUUUUGGUGCAGCAACAUCAAACGCUGGAGAAAAUGGAGGUCCGGGAGAAAGUAGUUUGCACAGAGAAGGUCCAAGUUGAGGCAGACCCAGAAGCCAAGCAUGAGAUCGAGCGUCUGAAGAGGACCCUUGAAGAAGAGACAAAACGCAGACAAGAACUGGACAUCCAGCUCAGCACCUCCACCACCAAGCUAAUCGAACUGGAGUUCACGAACACAAAGUCAACCAAAGAGCUUGACUACAUCCGCGAAGAGAGCAGCAGACUUCUCCAGGAGAACCAGCGCUUGCAGAGCAAGAUCAGAAAACUCCAGUCUGAAAUGGACAGUAGCAGGAGCCUGGAAAUUCGCCUAACGGCACUGCACAAAGAGCUUCAGGACCUGAGACGCAUCACGUCUGAGAAAGACAAAGAAAUCGAAGGACUACAGAAGAGCUUGUCUGCUGUGAGUGCGAAGAGAGAGCAGAGGGAAAACCACUUCUGUCGCACUUUCGUCGUCAUCAACCCCAACACGGGCAAAGAGAUGAGGCCAGAAGAGGCCUUCAAGCAGGGGCUGAUCGAGGGGAAGAUGUUCGUCAACCUCCAGACCCAGGAAUGCGACUGGGAGGAGAUCACCGUCAAUGGUCCAAAUGGAGCGUCGUCGGUUCUUUGCGACAAAAAAUCGGGCAAAGAGUUCUCCAUCGAUGAUGCCCUGCGGUCCGAGACCAUCACCAAAAACCAGCUGCAGCAGUACCAGAACAAAGAAAUCAGCCUCCAGGAGUUUGGGCUCAUGGUUUCUGCAAAGCGUUACUAAUCCCAUAAGAAAUCUAUCUGGUUUAUGUUUGAUCACUUUACUUGAUGUGGAGCUAUUGGGCGAUGUUUCUGAUUUUAAGCACAAGUUUAAUUUUUUUUUUCUUAGGCUUUCUGGGUUGGGCUUUCUUAAUGCACUGUAUAUUUAUUUGCAUGUAACCGCGCUAAUAUAUUAGGGAGAACGUUAUAUGAAACUUCUUCUUCUUCUUCUUCUUCUUCUUCUUCUUCUUCCUCUUGAUGGGUAGAUGUAUUCUGAUAUAUCAGUGAACGUUAUCUGACAUCAGUAUACUCAACUUCACACCUACCAGAAAUAUCUGUGCUGUUAUUAACAAUUAAAACACUACUGUCUGUCUGCACAGAGUGUCUGAUGUUGUUAAAUAAAAAUAUAUAUGGGAAA